CCUCAAGAUAGAUCACACAGACAGACUGGGCUGGGUCUGACUAUUUCUCUAAAGCUUUCGAUCUCUUCAACCAAAAUGUCGCAGUUGUUGGACAAAGCUAAGAACUUCGUGGCAGAGAAGGUGGCCAACAUAAAGAAGCCAGAGGCUAGUAUCGAUGAUGUUGAUUUCAAGCGUGUGAGCCGUGAUUCUGUGGAGUAUCUCGCCAAGGUCUCUGUGAUCAACCCUUAUGGACAUCCCAUACCCAUUUGCGAGAUCUCUUACACUCUCAAGAGUGCUGGCAGGGUGAUUGCAUCAGGGACAAUUCCAGACCCAGGGUCCCUGAAGGCGAGUGACACAACAUUGCUAGAGGUUCCAGUGAAGGUGGCACACAGUAUAUUGGUGAGCUUGGCAAAGGAUGUUUGUGCAGAUUGGGACAUAGACUAUGAGUUGGAUUUGGGUCUCACUAUUGACCUUCCCAUCAUUGGAAACUUUACCAUUCCCCUUUCUACCAAGGGAGAGGUCAAGCUACCUACCCUCUCUGACAUGUUUUAACUUUAAGUUUCAAUGGUUGUGGAAUAUCAUACUCACUCUUAAUACUGUUUUUGUUUUAGCAUCUUUUUGUUGGCUGAUGAAUAACAACUACUUCUUGUAUCCUAUUCCCAUCUUCAAUUUUAAUUUGUUGCCUAAAUACAUAUGGGAAUUUUCCUUUCA